CUCAAGUUCAAGUCGAGUAGAACAAAUCUGACGAGAAAAACGUGUUGACGAAGUGCUUUGCUUUAUUGGUUUUGGUGAGAAGUGUAGAGAUAGAGCAAAAAGCGAAGAUGGUCUACUGCAGAAGUUAGCGAUACUCCGAGCACUACCGGCGCUGCUCCUCCAGUUGCUGGCUCGAACAAGAACAUCAUGGAGCGGCUUCUUGCCAACGACGUGGUUCUGGCGCACUGGCGGUUGCCCCGCCGGGACUGGAAUCUUCAUGAAGACCAGGACUACACGGAGCGCCUGCAGUCCCUACUUUCCGAGUGUCGGAAACGCAGCUCGGGGAAGACCACGCACGAGACGAAAGUGUUACGGACCGACAUCAUCCCAGCGCUCGAGAAAACGCUAGGUAUCGCUUCCAAGGAGCCUGACAUGGUGCUCGCGUUGUACCAGAUCCCCGACGAGCACUGGCACGGCGCGCACUACACUUCGCGGGACGAGAGUGCGGAGGACGAGGAGAUCGAGAUAGCCGAGCACCACUUGGAGCCCAUGUUGUACUACGUGCACCGGGAGAUUUUUUCCGCUUUGAACAGCGUGAUCAAGAGCGAAAUGCUUCUCUGGGACCAGAUGGAGGACAUGGCGGUAAAGUACCGCAAAGCCUGCCGAAAACUCUCCAGCGCCUGGUUCAAAUUCGGUCUAACGCAGAUAAAGAAUUGGGUGGACCACAUGAAGUCGCGAUCGCCCCGGAAACGGCACACAAACAGCCGCGCACUGGAAUUUGUGGAAAAACACGACGAUGGCGGAGGCGGAGGACGUUCAGCAGUAGCAAGUAGUGCAGGAGCGAGCCGAUCAGGAAGCAAGGAAAUCGAUCCGCCCGACGCUGUGGUGGACGAUAUGAGCAUACGGCUACCGCCGAUAGGAGAACAGGGCCCUGGAGGAGGUGCCGACAACAACAUCGACGGGACGAUAAAUGAAACAGGCACUGCCGAUAAGACCGUCACUGACACAGAGGGCACGAUAAACGAAGAGGGCACGCACCGAGCGGAGCGGAUUGCAACCGACACGGAGUCGCAGGUGCCCAAAACGGAAUCCGAAAUCUACCCGGACGAGUUCGCAACUGAAGGAGAAGAAGUGCUGGGAGAUGCGGCCGCACAACCCCCACCUGAAGGCGUUGCAGCCUCCUCAUCGUCAACAUCAGGCGCAGUAGCAGGUAGUUCAUCUUCCGCGCCAAAAGUGUCGCCUGCGAUAGACGACAAGGUCUUCGGCGCCUGGUUCGAAACGCAAGCCAAGGACACGCCGGAAGCGAGCCCGCAGAAAGGAUUUCCCGACGUGGUCGGUGGUCGUGCUGGGGAACAAGAUGAUCCUGUGCACGAGGCAAUUUUGCCGGAGCACGAACUGGAGGAGGAGGAAGGGCAGGACGAGGCCGAAGUAGACGUCGAGGACAUGCCGGCGCUGCGCGAUUUGACCUACAUGCCCUUUGCGGAGCAGAGCAUGCGCUCGCUGAAACCAUCCGCGAACAGUGUCAUCGAAUUGCAGGAAUCCCACUUGCGGCACCUCCACCGUUGCAAAAUACGCGGGUCGAAUCAACGUACUUACUUCUUACAGGAAUCAGACCGCACUGACGCUUGUUUGAACUUAAUCGUUAUCUCGUCAGGUGCUUUGUAAGCGAUGCAAGAAGUGAAAUUUUCCCGUAGCGGCGCAGUGAGAUGAAAAUCUAAAUCUAAAUCAUCAAACAGGACUCGGCGAGCUCUUCUACAAGCAAGUAGUAGUUCACGUCGACCGGCCCAACGAGCCCGUGAAAGUUCGGUCCCGCUUGACGUCCAAGGGCGUCGCGCACGCGCUGCACUACCUCUACAACCCGCGGGAGUCUUGGAAGCACAUUCCGGCCGACGAGUUCCCCGCGACGCUGCACUUUUUCUUUCAACUCGCGGUUUCCGAACGCGAGAUGAUUGCGCAAUUGCGACGAGUGUUGACCGAGCGUCCGCAGGUUGGCUGCUUGAACCUCGCCCGACAGUACGGCUACGACCGCACCAGGGCGGAGCAACUACCGAAAGACCAAAUUGUGAUGCGGAGAAACGCGGAUUUCCUGAAUUUGGAGGAAGUUAUCCUCUCCUCCGUCGCGCGAAACUACGACAGUGAGGACGUCAAGCACAUCCGCGGGUACAACGCUCUGUCCGACGAGGACAAAAUUGCCAUCGCGGAGCGACGGAUCGCCGGCUUGGAAGGCUUGAUCCGGGAGCCCCACAUCCGGUUCCGGACGCACUUCCGCGAUAUGCUCCCGCCCGGGUCGAUUGAGGACAAACCGCUGCUGCCACUUACCACCUCGCAGCGGAAUGCAAGGAGUCGCGGGUACUGCAACUUGCGUUCUUGCAACGCUAGCCUUUUCUUGCUUCGUCGAGCUCGAGGACUGUGAAUUUGAAGAUGGUGCUCAUUGGCAUGGAUAUUUGGUAUUGAGAAAAAGUAAAAUAAGACGGAGAAUCGAAAUCAUCAUCCUGACCGUUAUCACACCCACCAGGUACAGCCAUCACUUUUUCGCUGCGAAAGCUGCGGAAGAAAAGGAAGCGGAGGCGAAGCGCCGGGCCGCUGAGGCUGAGGAGGAGAGGAAGAAGGAAAAGAAUCGCGAACUGUACUUUCGCCCGCGAAGCAAAAGCAGCAACUUUGCCUUCCAUGACUCAAGAACAGUGGGUUUGUAA